AGAAAGCAGCAUUAACUAAAGAAUUGAAAGACACGGAAGUGAAGAAAAAUGUUAAAGUGGACGGUUAAAAAACGUCUCACUGACGAUGCACUGAGUGUGUAUGACGAUAAUGCAGAAAAUAAUAAUAAUAAUAAUAAUAAUAGCAGUAAAGGAGUUAGAAAAAUUCAUAGUCGAAGGUCAAUGGGAGAUGCACUUACUGAUAAUCACAGAAAUAAUAGAAAUCUUCGAAGACGAUCGCUAGGCAAUUUCCAAAGUAGCAAUAAUAAUAAUAAUAAUAAUAGUUAUAGUCAUGAUAAGGAGAAUAAUCAAGAAUUGACGCCAGUCAGGAGGAUCCAAAAUCGACAAAGUUCAACGCCAUUGAAUGACAGUAGUAAUUUACAUAAAGCAUGUAAACGAAAGCAUAGUCAUGUGAAAGUACAUUCAGAGAAAGUAAGAAUAGCAUCGCCAACAAUGUCACCAAUUUCAAUGGCAACAAGCAAAGACAUUUUCUUUAAGGAACCUCCGACUGUGAUUUAUCAACCAAAUUAUGCACCGACAUUGCCAUCAUUUGAUAUUGAAUACUCUCCAACAUCAUUAAUCAUGAAAGCUGCUCAACAUAAUCCAAUUAUUAAUAAGAGACAGGCAGUGCUGAAUUGUAGUAUAAAUAGUUAUGACAAUAAUGAUGAAAUUCCAUCCAAAAGAUUAAAAUUCGAUGCACUUGACAUGUCUUAUGAAUUUAAGCCUGAAAUGGCAACAACAUCAUCACCAUUAUCCACACCAUUGACUGUGAGGAAGUUUAGUGACAAUAAAAUCCAAUUGACAUCAAUUUCAAGUCUGUCAGAUUCUGAGCCGUCACUUAACUCAUCGGAAGUUGGUGACACAACAUUACAGCAGAUGAUUGAUGAUAUUCUAGCAAGUGCAAGGCAUGGAAAGAAGUUCAAGCAAUGUUUUCCUAAAACUCAAGUCAAUGGACAGAAAAAGCCUGUCCAUAGCGAACAUGAUCGUAAUUCAAACUUUGUCAAACCACUCAGCAUCGUUUGUGACAAUAUGGAACAGAAAAGUAUCGAGAAGUUGUUGUCAGCAAGUAAAAUUGCACAAGCAGCUGAACGAACAUUGAUCAUUGCUGAUGAUGCAGCUAAGAAUGAACGAGAAGUGAGAGAGAAAACGCCUCAAAAGACUGAAGUUGAAAUUGUAGACUUAAAAAAUGACGAAUCCUGCCAUUUAAAGAGACAAAAUGCUGUAAGAAGGAAGAACACAAGUAAUGAGAAUAAGAAUAGGAAAAAGUUGAGUGACAGUGGGAAGGCUGAUAAGGAGAAUGUCCAUCAUGACUCAUCAAUCCAAAAAUGCUUGAGUUUUAGUUCUGCAAAUUACGAUGAAAUCAGUGAGAAAUUUAAAAGAUCUUCAGUUGCUUCCAAUUCAUCGACAUCAUCAGCAUCUUAUGCUUCACAAACCAAGUUUGCAAAGAAUUUACUGAUGAAGGGAUCAUUGGAACUAGCAACAACAUGUGAUGAUAAUAAGAAGAAUAUUUCCAUUCACGUCAAAAGAUGCAAGAAUCUCCAAAGAACUGACGAAUCGAAAAUCCACGCAUACGUAAAGUGCGCACUAGUUCCACUAAAUGUCGUUUGCAAUCAAAAUAUAUACCAAAGAACAGCUGUCCAUAAAAAUUCAACUUGCCCCGUUUUUGAUCACAAAUUCAACUUUGAAAUCAAUGGCAUAACCGACUAUGCUAAAUACGCUCAAAUUGCUGUAUGGCAUCGAAAUAGACAUUUGAAACGAAGCGAAUUUUUGGGUUGUUUAAUGAUUUCCGUAAAGAACAUAAUAGGACGCAAUAUUCAAGGAUCCUUUUUGCUACAACCUCAAAUUUGUUUAUCGAAUCCUUCGCCGCUCAUUCCUGAGGCGGAAGAUAGAAUGUUGAGCUAUUUUUAAGGAAUACCCCCAAAAAAAAUGUUAUUUUGUCGUUACCAUCGAAAGAUAAUGCAUGCAUACCAAAAAGAUAACUUAUGAUAACAUUAAGUUCUUGUUUUUAUCCGAAAAAAUUCAAAAUUUAAUAUUAUAGAUCCUUUAUUAUGAAACUGUGAUAUGUUUUAAUAAAGUUAUGUUUGGAAUAAAUUUAAUAAAUAAAAAAAAAUUUAAAUUAUCAAGUUUUGUGACCUUCCACAACUUAGUUUCUAGAAAUAUUUAAUUUCAGGCUUCAAAGGGAUUUUUGUGUUGUUGCAAGCUAUUGGUGAUUACCAUGGCAACUGAUGAGAAAGAAUCUUUUUAUGCUCAAUGUUGAAUAGAUGCUAUU